CGCGACACCCUCCUUGCAGGUGUGAUCGGAGCUGGCAUUGGGGGCACCUCUGCCGCUUAUUUCCUUCGCCAGAAGUUUGGUAAAGGCGUCCAGAUUGACGUCUUUGAGAGAGGAGAGGUGGGGGGGCGCCUGGCCACCGUCAAGCUGGAAGGGAAAGAGUUUGAGGCUGGAGGAUCCAUCAUCCAUCCCCUUAACCUGCACAUGAAGCAUUUUGUCAAAGAACUGGGGCUUUCUGUUGCUGAGAGUCAAGGUAGACUCAUGGGCAUUUACAAUGGGGAGGAAUUUGUCUUUGAGGAGAGCAGCUGGUACAUCUGGAAUCUUUUGAAGCUUUUCUGGCAUUAUGGACUGAACCCCUUGAGAAUCUACAUGUGGGUGGAGGAAGUCCUGGAAAAGUUUAUGAGGAUCUAUCGGUACCAGUCCCACGACUAUGCCUUCAGCAGCCCUGAGAAUUUGCUCCAUGCUCUCGGAGGAGCAAAUUUUCUUCACAUGCUGAACCAGACCAUUGAUGAGUCCCUGCAAAAGGCCAGAUUCUCUCAGAAUUUCAUCAACGAGAUGGUAAUCCCUGUCUUGCGAGUCAACUAUGGGCAAAGUGCCAGCAUCAACGGCUUCGUAGGGGCUGUAUCUUUGGCUGGAGCAAGUGCAGGACUUUGGUCGGUGGAAGGUGGUAAUAAAUUGGUGUGCACGGGCCUUCUGUACGCUUCCAAAGCCCAGCUGAUUUCUGGCUCUGUUAUCUCUGUAGAAGCAAAAAUGAAGUCAAAGGGACAUGCAGGUGGUCAGAUGAAGCUAUAUGAGGUUACCUACAAUUCUACGUCUGGAGUAACAUCAGAUGUCUACGACAUCCUUCUCAUCGCUACUCCCUUGCAACGGAAAAUUGCUAACAUAACUUUCCGCAACUUCAAUCCACAGAUUCCCGAGUUCUCUGCUCCCUUCCACCAGAUGGUAGCAACACUUGUCCAUGGGCGCAUUAAUGCUUCUUUUUUUGGCUACCAGGAUCCUUCUCAGUUCAACUUGGGGGACAUUUUCACUAUGGAGGAUCCUCAUAUGUUCAUCGACAGCAUUGGUAUGGUUUCUCCAGUUAAAGGCAACCUGAGCCCUCCUGUCUGGAAAGUGUUCUCCAAUCAGCUGCUGACCACAGAGCAAAUGAACCUGCUCUUCUCAUCCUAUGAUUCGGUGGUAGUACGGAAAUGGCUGGCCUACCCACACUAUAGCCCUCCUGAGAAGUGCCCACCUUUCAUUCUCCACGACCAGAUUUAUUACCUCAAUGCUAUAGAAUGGACAGCCAGUGCCAUGGAGAUGAGUGCAAUUUCUGCCAAAAAUGCUGCACUCUUGGCUCACCAUCACUGGUACAAUAAGAUGAAUAUGAUUGAUCAAGAGGAUUUGCAUGAGAGACUCAAGACAGAGCUUUGAAUUGGCAUGCCAAUGAUUGGGGAGCGGGGAGAGGCAUCAAGGGGUGCGUGAAACUUGCAACAAAUCUUGGAUGUUGAGUAUGAAUGUGCAAAAUGUCUGAAAUUUGGAAUGCUCCAUUUCAAGUCCAAAAUGCUGAGCUUAAAAUGUCUCCAUUUGGCAGUAACUAGGGCUGUUUUAAGCUCAGAACAUUCCUGGAAGAACCAAAAUGCUUCUGGUGAGGUAAGAAACAACAGUUUGCAACCAUCACUGUUGAACUUACUUUGCCACUCCAAGGAAACCACUUUAGAGGGAAUUCUUGGCCACAGGAGCCAUUUAAAAACUACUGUAUCUUCUGGAUUUCUUUUACAAAUCAUGUAUUUGUUAUAAGUAAUUUUGGGCACAAGAAAAACCUUGAAUAAAGCCUUUGGGUUGCCAACUCAGGUAUUUUACAUAGCAGUGUUUCUUAAAACCACUGAAUAAAGUUACCAACAGACUUCAUUUACUUGCUGGUCUCCCAGACAGUAACUCCAACAACUCAUUAGCUUUGUAUGGAAGUUGUUAUUUUUACAAUUCUGGAGGCCAUAAGUUUGGAGAAUGGUACAGAAAAAAAAAUGAAUAUGCUUGAUUUGAACCUUUUAAUUGGGCUGUUCAAAAAAUUGAAGUAAUACCCUUUCAAAUUCGUAUUUUAUAAGCUUCCAGUGGAAAAAUCAAUUCAGCUGUUCUGGCUGCAUUUACAGUAGGGCACUAGUUCUGAAUAACCCCUUCCUUUUUUGGAGGGGAGAGGAAAUAGGGCAUUCAGAAUUGCUUUUGACAAACUCAACACAUACAGAGUAGCACCUACCAAACACUCUGUAUUAAAAGACAAUAGCUUGAGAAAAGGAAAAAAUAAAAAGUAUCUUGAAAGGGAGACUUGGGUAGCGUUAAUCAAAAUUAUCCCUGUGUGUCCUUUGAUGCUUAUUCAGGCAGCCGGGAAAAUUGUACUAGCAAGUAGCUUUCCUUUUAUUACUCUUGAAGAAGUAAACAGAUGCCUUAAGCCCGUGGAUUGUUUAUUACUUGACUGUACUACAGUCCCAGUAUGAAUUGUGCCUCACAUUAUGUGCAUUUUGUUUAGGUGAGUAAUCUGUUUCAGCAUCCAAGGGGAGCAUGUGUAUUUAGAGCCUUGUAGAGAAAAGGGUUGAGGGUUCUCCUUACUUGAGAAACGCUUGCUGCAAGGGGCAACUAACGCUAUUCCAAAAGCAAUUAAGUAAUAAAGAUUUAAGCCACCUAAAAGCAGUAGGAAAAUUAUUUUGAAUACAUUUACUGCAAGGCACGUGGUUCUAUGAACUGAUACGUGAGGUGACUGCUCAUUCUGUCCGUCCAUGACUGUUAGCCAUAAGACUGCGUAGCAACUUGCAGGUAACAGACCAGGCACGCUUUCUAAUGUUGUUAUUAAAGUGGGAAUAAAAAAAAUGAUUCUGGUGGUGCUAUUGUGCCUUCCUGCAAAUGUGUGACUAAGGAUCUGCAUGUCAGAACCUCACAAUCCAGCACUGUUUGCUUGCUUGCUUCGUUUCUGCCAUCACGGGGGAGGGGGGAAUGGAAUGUGAACCGUUAGGUUUAGAUGGAUUGUUAACUGGCGCCCAGGACUUCCAAGGUCGGGACUUCCAAGGUCGUACCAACCUGGGAGCCUGAGGACUUUGUCGACAUGCACAGAACAGAUUCAAAGACAGAAGGGGUAGGGGUGAAAUGGGAGUGAAGUAAAAUUAAGUUUUGAUCUGCAUGGGACUCAGUUCCAGCUAUGCUUUAGAGCUGUACACUACUUUCCAAUAAAUGAUCUUUUCUUUGAACCUG